CACAACAUAGCAGUCGUUAUUUUGGCGCGCGUUUCUCCAAGAUGGCGGUUGUUUACGAAGAACAUGCAGUUAGCGCUGCAAGCCUUGGCUUAAUGGCUACGCUUUCCCUGAUCGCCUGUGCGCUUGGCCAUUGGUCAGGCAGCAAGCUACCCUCGAGCUAUGACCGAUGGGUUUUGACGUGGUUGUUCUUUGAUUUCUUUACUCAUUUGCUUUUGGAGGGAAGCUUUGUGUACAUUUCUCUAACAGGGACAGUUAAAGAGUCAGACAGCCCUUUGGCGAUCCUCUGGAAAGAGUAUGGCCAUGCAGACAACCGCUACCUGAACUCUGACCCAACAGUUGUGGCUAUUGAGCUGCUUACUGUAGUACUGUGCUUGGUUAUAGUAGCCCUGAUCCAUGCCAUCUGCAAUAAUACCUACUACAGGCACUUUCUCCAAAUCAUUCUCUGCAUUGCAGAGCUGUAUGGAGGCUGGAUGACAUUUUUCCCUGAAUGGCUAGGCGGAUCACCAAGUCUAGAUACCUCAGACCCUGUCCACCAUUAUCUGUAUCUUUGGUUCUUCAAUGGCAUAUGGGUGCUUGUCCCAUUUCUGCUCUUGUUCCACUCCCUGAUGGCAAUGAAAGACAGCCACCUUGGUCACAGCAAGAGGGACUAGGGUCACAGCGAGAGGGACUAGGGUGGCACAGGCUCAUCAAGUGAGGGGAGGGUGAGCAAGAUGAUGGACAGUUGAAAACUAGAUGAUAGACAGACAGACACUUGAUUAAUGAUGACCUGACAAGAGUCAGUUGGUAAUAAGACAGAUAGAUAGAUGAAGACAUACAGACACUUGAUUAUUGAUGAUUUGGCAAGAGUCAGCUGGUAAAAGACAGAUUGAUAGAUAAGGACAGACAGACAGACAGACAGACAGACAGACACUUGAUAAUUGAUGGCCUGUCAAGAGUCAGCUGGUAAAAAGACUGAUGGUUAGAUGAAGACAUACAGACAGUUGAUUAUUGAUGAUUUGGCAAGAGUCAGCUGGUAAAAGACAGAUAGAGACUGACAGACAGCAUAUAGACAGACACUUGAUUAUUGAUGGCCUGGCAAGAGUAAGCUGGUAAAAGACAGAUGGAUGAUGAAGACAGACAGACAGACAGUUAAAUACAAGUUGAAAGGAGACUAUUGAGGUAUGUUCAGGGAGUUUAACGUCAUAAUGACAUACUUAUGCCGCACAAACUCAUCACUGGUCCCUAUGCCAUAUUAAAAGUUAUGAUUGUAAGUUGACCAAGCAUACAAGAUGUAGAUCUUAGAAUAGCCAAAUUUGUUGUUACGCGACCUCAGCGUGUCCUGUCUCCUUGUCUCAUUUGUGAAAAGCACGUCAAUCAAACAUCUAAACCAAUUGAUGGCUUUCAUGUUUUCAUCUGACUGCACACAGCAAGUUAAUUGAUUGGUCAUGGUGGUAUGAUUUGACUAUGCACCUUUUUCAGACGAGAAAUGGAUUUGAAUUCUCGGCGGUCGCGCAACAAAGAAUUUGGCUAUAAAAUUACUAUAAUACUUGGUAACAUUUGCCUCCCAUAAAAAUAGUUUUGUUAACCUUGUCUAGUUGUGUCUUCAUAGCAAAGUUCUCGUUUAUCUUUUCUUGUCUAAAAAGUUAAAGUAGAUAAUUGUAUAGUGUGUUCGUAGACAGUUGUGUUUGUAAAUUAAAUUGAUAAAAGUUGCAUAGCAUAAUUGGGGAGUACUACCUGUACUACCUAGUAAAGAAAUAGAGCCCUUUUACUAAAUGUUGUAUUGUGUGUGUGCAUAUUAAAUAGCAGCACGUAAAAA